AUGAACGGCGGAAUCUGUGUGUGUGUGUUGCUGGCUGCGCUCUCGAGCAGUGCCUGUCUUGGACUCCCCACACAUUCACAGGAUGAGGGCCAGUCAGACAACGGCGCGCUAGCAGAACACACACGCCACACCCGCGGAGUGCCACCCAGCAGUCAGCUCAGCCCAUUCUCCAGGGCAGAGGAACGGACCACAGAGCUGCAGGACAACCUGAACGAACUGCUGGCCAGACUCCUCUCCAGGAAAGGUUCAUAUCGUAGGACCUCGUCUUUAAGCAGCAGAUCCAGUGGUCCUGGCCCCAGCCACAGAAUAAAGGACAGAGACUACCUGGGAUGGAUGGAUUUUGGGCGGAGGAGUGCAGAAGAGUAUGAAUAUUCCUCAUAA